GCCCUACUCUUGUCUCUGAGCAUCGUCUCAGUUAGUCUUGUUUCGUCUCUUCUGCUCCAAAACAAGUCAAUGGCUUCAUCGGAGAACACCCAUCACCACAAUGACCAUGACCACGACCAUCAUCAUCACCAUCACCAUGACCACGAGCACGGCCAUGGAGAUGCAGGGGCGACGUCGUGGGUGGGCCCGGACGGGAAGGUGUACCAUAGCCACGACGGCCUCGCACCUCACUCCCACGAUCCCAUCUACUCGCCGGGGUUCUUCAGCAAGAGGGCUCCCCCUCUUCAUUCCCGGGAUUUCAACGAGAGGGCGUUCACCGUCGGUAUCGGUGGCCCUGUCGGGACUGGGAAAACGGCUUUGAUGUUGGUUCUUUGUCAGUUGUUGAGAGACAAGUACAGUCUUGCCGCGGUGACGAAUGACAUAUUCACAAAAGAGGAUGGGGAGUUCUUGGUGAAACAUGGGGCACUCCCUGAGGAAAGAAUUCUCGCAGUCGAAACGGGAGGGUGCCCUCAUGCUGCAAUUCGUGAAGACAUCAGCAUUAACCUCGGACCUCUCGAGGAGCUCUCUAACUUGUACAAGGCAGACUUAUUGCUCUGCGAAUCGGGAGGAGAUAAUUUGGCUGCAAACUUCAGCAGAGAGCUGGCAGACUACAUUAUAUAUAUAAUCGAUGUCUCUGGUGGUGAUAAAAUACCUCGGAAAGGAGGUCCUGGGAUCACUCAAGCUGACCUUCUCGUGAUAAACAAGACCGAUCUUGCUGCAGCUGUUGGUGCUGACUUGAUGGUCAUGGAACGAGAUGCACUCCGAAUGCGAGAUGGAGGGCCUUUUGUCUUUGCACAGGUGAAGCAUGGUGUUGGUGUGGAGGACAUAGUAAAUCACAUCUUGCAGGCCUGGGAAGCUGCGACCGGAAAGAAGCGUCGAUAAGUUCUUUCAGCACAGCAAUGAACUCAAGUACUUCGCCCGCCUCUGUUUAGAUGUAAUGGGAUAAUGAACAAUAAUCAGGCUUCGCUUGCUCCGUUUGAUAAUAAUGAAAGCUAUAAUGUAUGAGCAAUUUGUUGUUUGAUAAUAAUGAAACUAUAAUGUAUGAGCAAUUUGUUGUUUC